CUUUCGGUCUUACGGUAUGGAUAAAUCGGCGAUCGGCCUUCCCGACUCCAGACAAGUUCUAUCGGUCGAUUCGAAGUGACGUUCUAAAGAAGGUACCCCUGUUUGUCCUAGCCCCCGUGAGUUAAUAUCCUAAUCGAAAAUCAGUCAAAAUCACAAAACCAUGAAGUCCUCAACCGCCGUCUCAGUCACUUGCAUGGUCCUGCUGGGCCUUACUUUGGCUUCGGUUGCAAAUGCGGCGAAAUCGGCCCCCAAAUCCCCGACAGAUGCAGCCACUGGCCCAGUUCUGGAGGCACGUGCCUUCCCUAGUCUUUCCACGGUUGAAUAUCGGGGUGCGUACGCCAGUAUUCCGCCAAUGGGCCAAUCGAUCGAGGACCAUCUGCGAUUAUGUGAAAUCGUUAUUCACGCCCUCGAGAGCGAACUGCCCCGGAAGUCCGUCUUCAGGUCCCUGUUCCUGGACAAGGUGCGCCUCUCUUCUGGCUUCGACAAACAGUUCAGAUUCUCCUACUACGACAUCAUCAAGAACCGGAUCGACGACACGGCAUAAUUUGGAUUGGAUUUUGGUUAUUUACUUCUCUUAUUUUUUUCAGAUCCAGUGAAAGUAAGAGAAAGGUUGAUAAAUAAAUAUUAUGUAUAAAAAGG